AUGGCCGAGCCACAAGUGGCAUACGCCCAGGAUGAGCACGGACGCCCCUUCAUCGUGGUCCGCGAGCAGGGCAAGAAGACGCGGGCGCAGGGCAUCCAGGCGCUGAAGAAUCACAUCUCGGCCGCCAAGUCCGUCGCACAGAUCGUGCGGACAUCGCUCGGCCCGCGCGGCCUCGACAAGAUCCUCGUGUCGCCCGACGGCGACAUUCAGGUGACCAACGACGGCGCAACGAUCAUGCAGAACAUGGAGCUCGAGAGCCAGAUUGCACGCCUCAUGGUGCAGCUCUCCAGCAGCCAGGACAGCGAGAUUGGCGACGGCACGACGGGCGUUGUUGUCCUUGCCGGCGCGCUCAUGGAGCAGUCCGAGGCACUGAUCGACCGCGGCAUUCACCCGAUUCGCAUUGCCGACGGCUACGAGCGGGCGUGCGGCGUGGCUGUCAAGGCGCUGGAGAAGGUGGCUGACCGGGUGGAGUUUGGGCAGGGCGCGGGCGAGCAGGAGGAGCUGAUGAAGACGGCGCGGACAUGCCUGGGCAGCAAGAUCGUGUCCAAGGCAGGCGACCUCUUUGCGCGCAUCGCCGUCGACGCUGUGCUCUCGGUGGCGGACCUGGCACGGCGCGACGUCGACUUUGAGCUCAUCAAGGUCGACGGCAAGUCGGGCGGCUCGCUGGAGGACACGGCGCUGGUCAAGGGUGUCGUUGUCGACAAGGACUUCUCGCACCCGCAGAUGCCACGCGAGGUGCGCGACGCGCGCAUCGCCAUCCUCACGUGCCCCUUUGAGCCGCCGCGGCCGAAGACGAAGCACAAGCUCGACAUCAGCAGCGUUGAGGAGUACAAGAAGCUGCAGGAGUACGAGAAGCAGACGUUUGAGAACAUGAUCAAGCGCGUCAAGGACUGCGGCGCCAACCUCGUCAUCUGUCAGUGGGGCUUCGACGAUGAGGCGAACCACCUGCUGCUGCAGCACGACCUGCCCGCCGUGCGCUGGGUCGGCGGUCCGGAGCUCGAGCUCAUUGCCAUUGCCACGAACGCACGCAUCGUGCCGCGCUUCGAGGACUUGAGCCCGGAGAAGCUCGGCCGCGCAGGACUGGUGCGCGAGGUCGGCUUCGGCACGACGCGCGACAAGAUGCUGGUCAUCGAGGAGUGCGCCAACCCGCGCGCGGUGACGGUGUUCGUGCGCGGCUCGAACAAGAUGAUCAUCGACGAGGCCAAGCGCGCGCUGCACGACGCCAUCUGCGUGGUGCGCAACCUUGUGCGCGACAACCGCGUCGUGUACGGCGGCGGCGCUGCCGAGAUCGCAGCCAGCAUUGCCGUGACGAAGGCAGCCGACGAGAUCGCGACGAUCGAGCAGUACGCUAUGCGCGCCUUUGCCGCCGCGCUCGAUGCUAUCCCGCUGGCGCUGGCCGAGAACUCGGGCCUCAGCCCCAUCGAGACGCUGGCCGAGCUCAAGAGCCGGCAAAUCACCGAGGGCACGUCGGUGCUGGGCGUCGACUGCAUGCUCACGGGCAACUCGGAUAUGCGCAGCGCCCACGUCUUCGACCCAUACCUCAGCAAGCGGCAGCAGAUGGAGCUGAGCACGCAGCUCUGCCGCGCCAUCCUGAAGAUCGACGACGUGAUUGAGCAGCACAAUGUCGAGUAG